AUGAAGGCUGGCUGCGAUCUUCUCGUCUCCAUCUACCUCUCUUUCCUCUGGGCCCUUUCACUAUCAUGCGCCGCCGCCGCUCAUACUUAUGGAACCCCGUCUGCCUUCCCCGGCGCUGAAUCAAGCUCUAUAUCUUCAGCUUCGUCUUCAUCUUGGAACAAGACCAAGACCCUCCUGCACAUGACCGCGCUCACGAACCAUCCUGUCCCCCCGUACUUAGCUCGCGUGCAGUGCUGGGCCCUCAGCGCCGGCUUCACCGUCUACCCGACCGUCGGGCACGCGCUGGCGCUCGGCGCCGUCGACAACGCCACGUACGUGGUCCUCCCGCCGCGCGGCGCCGAGGGGUGGCAUCGGCCGCCGCACCCCAUGUUUUUCGUCCUGCUGAGCGGGGUGGCGCAGGUUUAUGUUCCCAACGCUGGUGGUGGUGAUGAUAGAGGCGAAGGUGCUACUGAUUCUUCGGGCACCGAUGGUUUCGGCUCCGAUGGUGACUAUGGCUACGACCAUGGACGUGGCUUACAACAGCAGCAGCACCAAGAACAACGACAAUCUCAGCACCGACAACCACCCCCAGACGACGAAGGCUGGACAACCCUAGCCAUCACGCCGGGCUCGCCGCACCAGAUCCUGAUCGCCGCGGACACGGACGCCCGCGCCAAGGGCCAUUUAACAUUCUACCCGGGCGACGGCGAGACGGUGGCGCUGCAGAUCCCGUUCCGGGACACCGCGGUGCCGCCGCACAUGGUUGUGCAUGAGGGGCCUUGUCGGGGGGAUGAAUGA